AUGAGGGUAAUACAGUACUUUAAAGCAAAGAGAGUUUAAACCGAUGGUGGGGCAAUUUCGUCAUUUCAGGAUUAUAAAGAGUGAGAGAGAAAGGGAGAAGAGAGGUGAAAGAGAGAGAGUGCAGUGGAGAGAGACAGAGAGAAGGGAGAGAACCGUUGGAGAGUCCGUUUUUUCGGUUAAUAUAUGAAGGUGAAGCUAUGGUGUCGGAUCAAGAUAUCGCGAAAGGUGUGGAGACACUGCUCCGUCAGUCUGAGCCCAACUCAUUCACCUCCUUAAACGGCAUCGUUAAGCAGCUGGAAGCCAAACUAGGGCUCGACCUGUCCCAUAAGGCUGUCUUCAUCAGAGACCAGAUCAGUUUCCUGCUCCGGUCUCACCCUCAGCCCCUUCCCCCAAAAGACCAUUUUGCCCUCCAGCAACACCCCCAAUUCCUCAGUCCCCACCCCCAAAUCCCUUCCCAUUUUGCCCUUCAGCACCACCGCCCACCGCCGGAAGACCUCAACUUCCUGUACCCCCUCCCCCAGCCUCAGCCGCAGACGCAGACGCAGCCGCAGCCGCAGCCGCAGACGCAGCCGCAUCACCUGCCGAAAGGUGAAGCCUUUCUGCAGAAUGCAGCUAGUGUCGCCGCCCAAGCGCCCAAAGAAAGUGCUCCAGCUGCAGCCAAAAGAAGAGGUGGCUCGGGGGGUCUAAACAAAGUCUGUGGGGUUUCAACUGAACUUCAGGCUGUUGUUGGCGAGCCAACCAUGCCAAGGACACAGAUUGUGAAGCAGCUUUGGGCAUACAUUAGGAAAAACAACCUCCAAGAUCCUAGUAACAAGCGAAAGAUAAUUUGUGAUGAUGCCCUCCGCUUGGUGUUUGAGACAGAUUCUACUGAUAUGUUCAAGAUGAAUAAGUUGCUUGCUAAACAUAUCAUUCCGCUUGAACCUUCAAGAGAAUCCAGUCAAGCUAAACGGUUGAAGGUGGAUGUUGAGUCUGCAACUGAAAGUAGUGAAGCCAGUCCAUCUCCUGUAAUGAUAUCUGAUGCACUUGCCACGUUUUUUGGUACUGGAGAAAGGGAGAUGCUCCAAGAAGAGGCCCUAAGGCGUGUUUGGGAGUACAUAAAGGUCAACCAAUUAGAGGAUCCUCUAAAUUCGAUGGCAAUACUAUGUGAUGCAAAGCUUCAGGAGCUCUUUGGAUGUGAAAGUAUUUCUGCACUGGGGGUAUCUGAGAUGUUAGCGCGCCAUCAUUUGUUCAAGCGAUCUUGAUGUUUGGUCAUGUUGACUGGUGGAGGGGGGGGGUGUUGCAUUGUGGUUACUUGUGAUGGUAUGACACACACUGAAGAAGUCUUUUGUUCCUCUUUUUUUUUGUGCAUUAACAUGUUUAGGUGUAAACUUGGUUGUUUCUAAUUAGAAUGAAAAUGUACUUGGGCUAGUGGUAGGGAAUAUCUUGUCUUUAUGCCCUGAUCUUGGGUUUGGGUUUUUUCUCUGUCAUCUUUGGUCACUUUCUCGUGCCAAUGCCUAACCACAAUGGAAUGUUUAACACCUCUAACAUCCUGGUAGUGACGAAUAUAUGAUAUUACAUGCCAGGAGCUGUUCUGUUUCAA